GCAGCGGGCGCGCGCCGCCGCCGGGAGCGCGCCCGCGCGUCACCCGCAGGCUCCGCCCGCUCCCGGCGCUGCAGCUGCCGCCACUUGUGCCGUGUCCGUGCCCGGGCGGUCGCGAUGGUGUUCCGGUGCCAGCGGGACAGCUGGGCCCGGCAGUUCGCCACCAGGGUGGUGUCGUGCCAGGCGGCGGAGCUGCGGCCCGAGGGCGGCGGGGAGCCGGUGCGCGGGUUCCAGGUGGUGCUGGAGGACACCAUCCUCUUCCCCGAGGGCGGCGGGCAGCCGGACGAUCGCGGCCUCAUCGGGGACGUGCCGGUGCUGCGCGUGACCCGGCGGGGGCCCGAGGCCGUGCACUUCGUGCCGGCCGCGCUGGAGCCCGGCGCCGAGGUGCUGCUGUCGCUGGACUGGGAGCGCCGCUUCGACCACAUGCAGCAGCAUUCAGGACAGCAUCUCAUCACUGCCAUUGCAGAACAGAUGUUUGGAUUCAAGACAACUUCAUGGGAGCUGGGCCGUCAGCGAAGCCUCAUUGAGCUGGACACCCCCUCAAUGACAGCAGAGCAGGUCAAGGCCCUGGAGAGGAGUGUGAAUGAGAAAAUCCGGGACAGGGUCCCUGUGACAGUGAGGGAACUGGCUGCAGGUGACCCUGAAAUUGAAAGAGUGAGGAGCCGGGGGCUGCCCGACGACCAUGUGGGGCCAGUGCGUGUUGUGGACAUCGAAGGCAUUGACUCCAACAUGUGCUGUGGGACUCAUGUCUCCAACCUGAGUGACCUGCAGGUUAUUAAGCUCCUUGGUGUGGAAAAAGGGAAAAAGAACAAAACCAACUUGAUUUUCUUGGUGGGAAACAGAGUGCUGAAAUCAGUUGAACAAAGUCACAGUACCGAGAAGGCUCUAACCUCCCUGCUCAAAAAUGGACCAGGUGAGCAUGUAGAGGCUGUGAAAAGACUGCAGAGCUCUGUGAAACUGCUCCAGAAGAAUAACCUGAACCUGCUUAGAGACAUUGCUGUUUUGAUAGCUCGGGACUUCAAGAGCAAACCUGCUCCAAGGCAGCUGUUUGUGUUACACAGGAAAGAGGGUGAUUCUGAAUUUAUGAACAUCAUCGCUAAUGAGAUUGGGACAGAGGAAACUCUGCUAUUCCUGACUGUGGGGGAUGAAAAAGAAGCAGGACUCUUCCUUCUAGCUGGACCUGUUGAAGCAGUUGAGAAUUUAGGUCCCAGGGUGGCAGAGCUGCUGGGAGGGAAAGGAGCUGGAAAGCGUGACCGCUUCCAGGGCAAGGCAGCCAAGAUGAGCCGUCGAGGAGAAGUGGAAGCUCUGCUCCAGGAAUUCAUCAGCCAUCGAAGCCCUGAAGUGUGUUGGUGUUUCUCAUCACUCAGGACAGACGUCCUUCCUCCACCACCCACAGUCCAUGCCACAGCCCUGCACCCUGGAGCUGAUCCUGCAUCCCACAGCACAGGCCAGCAGAACACUCGAACUCACCAGCUAAACACACCUUCAGCUUUAAUAAAAUACCUCCUGUGCACAGCCACACCCCCACGUCAUGUGUGUAUAGAUACAUGUAUGUAUGUACACACACAGGUGUACGCUCACCCCACACUGCAUCACAGCAGCGAACACCGAGUGCCCCAGGGCUGAAGGGUCCCUCGUGCUGGCACUUUAUCUCCAUGUCACAGUGUCUGCCCGUUCCUGUCACAGAGCUGCCUCGCCAGCAGACCCCAGGCACCCAGGGGUGAGCACCCUGCUCCCGGUGGUGCUGUCCCCAGCCCUGCAGUGCGGAGCUGACGUGUCCCCAUGAGCUGCAGAGGGAGUGCAGGAUCUCCCCACUACUGCUGGGUCCCAGGCAGACGACCUCCACCCGUGGGUGCAGGAGGGGCAGCAGGGGAGUCCUGGGAGUGCAAGGCUCGCUGUACCAUCAGCAAGGGCACGACUGAGACUGUGGGUCUAUGUGGUGGGAGCCACCCGGCAGCGCCGCCAGCCCAGCCUCCACAGUCCACUCCCAGUGCAAAAUCAGCAGGGAGCACACAGUGGCUGGGGUGCACCAGGGCUAGUGGGUGCCCCUGAGACCAGGGCUAGGGUGGCCACUUGCCUGGGCACAAUUACCUGCAGGGAUGCCCUAGGCAGCCUUCUUGUCCUGUGUGGCCAUGAGGUGGGAGAGGCAGUAGGGGAUGAGGCUGACAGUAGCCAGUGGCACAGCUGCACUCUUGCAGAAGGAGAGGGCGUAGAAGAGCAGCUGCAUGUGGGAGGGUGGCUUGAAGGCAUCAAAGAUGUGGAGGAUGAGGAGGGAGGCAGUGACACAGCCCAGGCGGAAGGGCAGCUGCUGGCCCUGCUUCCCCUGGCAGCUCUUCUUGUACAUGUGGGAGUUGACAGCCAGCCCCAGCCCAAAGAGGAUGCCCAGGUUACGGAGGAGGCUGGCAAAGGGGGUGGUGUCGAUGUGGACCCACUCAGGGCGGCUGCACCACCUCCGUGCCUUCUCCAGUGUCCAGAGCAGGUCCACGCCAAGCACCCGCAGCAGCAGGUAGAAACCAAUGGUGAAGCUGAAGAGGAAUAAGGUGAUGCCCGUGUACCGAUGGAGGCUGGCGUGGUAGAUGCAGCGGACAUGCUGAAAGGUCUUGGCCACAGCCAUCCCUG